AUGCCGUCGGGGGAAUAUGUAAGUCGGCCGUCGGAGGAUUCGCAGCCUGUGACUUCACGCUCAACAUGGCAUGAUUUUCGGCGAUGGAAAACCCCCACGCAACUUUUUAUGAUAUGCUUAUUACCAUUUAUUCUUAUCUUCGUGGGCUGUGUGUUGAUGGGGCUCGUUUGGUCGGAAAGAGUUGAGUCUUCUCGACAGAUUGUACUCACGUGCGGAAUGGUAUCGUUCUUCUCCGGGUUCCUUACGUGUGUGAUCGCAAAUUUCUGCGAUGCAUGCGGGCUUACAUGUAUGCGAUACGAUGAGCCCUUGGAGAGUGAGGUGCAGAACCAAACUUUGUUCGUUGAUCUGGGAGACUUAGGACCCAGCUUGGUUGAUCAGGAGGAAAACUUAGCCGGUGACAGUGAUAAGUCGGAGGUUCAAACAACGCUCGUUGAAUUAGAAGAGAAUACCGCCGGGUAG